AUGAAGCUGGAAGCCGCCGCGGCGGUGCUCGGGGUGGCCGUCGACGCCGACCCGGAGACGCUCAAGGCGGCCUACCGGCGGCUGGCGUUGAGAUGGCACCCGGACAAGUGCAAGGAGGCCGACGCAAAAGAACGCUUUCAGGAGGUGUCCGUGGCGUACACGCGCCUCGUAUCUGGGGAAUCCGGACGGGAUCAUGACGGCGACGGGAGCGAGCGUUUCUAUGACGACGUUGACGAGAUGCGAGCCUUCAUGUCCAUGUUCAUGGAGCUGGUGGGAAUGUUCGGCAGCGACAUACCCAGCAUGCCGAACGGCUGCGGCCCCGGAUGUAAGGGAGGGCACGUGCAGAUGCCUUCAGGGAUGCCGCCAGACAUCGCAGAUAUGCCCAGCGCUAGCGUGGCGUUCAGCAUGAUGUUCGGCGAGAGGCCACAAGAGGAGACCUGGAGCAGCGAAGAGGAAGAGGGGGAGGGCAUAGAGAAAUACUACCACCACGACGAGGAAGAAUUCGACCUGGAUGAAGACUGCGAACCAGAGCCGGACACCCACGGGCAGCAGCAGCAGCAGCAACAACAACAGCAGCAGUGCGCCCAGCGCGGGGACGGUUGUGGCGAGGCUGCCGGAGCGGCCGGGUCGGCGUCGGCGUCGUCGGCGUCCGCGGCAGCCGUGGCCGCCGCUGCCGCCGCCGCGGAGGCGUUCAAGGCCGGGGCCGCGGGUGCCGGGGGCCCCGCCGAGGCAGGCGGAGAGUGCCUGUGGGAGCCGAUGGUCCGCCACUACUUUCACAUGAACCUCAAGGAGGAGGUGGAGCAGCAGCGGGCGGCGGGGCUAGGCGGCACAAGCGGGGGUACAAGUGAGGCGGUCCAGCUCGAAGAAGAGGCGUUACGGCAAGCGCGAGCCCUGAAAAAGCGGCAAGAUAAGAAGCGGCGGCAGAGGGAGAAGAAGCAGCAGAGGGCGUCCGCUGCUAGGGAGGCGGCGGACUUGAGGGAUGCGCAGCAGGAUGAGGGGAAGAAGGACGAGGAAACUAGCGUGGCCGACAAGCGGAAGGAGGUUGUUCGAUUGAAGAGGAAGGCCGAGGAGGAAAGAAGAGUGGGACUCUUCACGGCGUGUAGGGCGGGCUUUGUGGAGGAGGUGCGACUGAUGCUCGGGACCGGGCUUAUCCGGUGCACGGAGCGAGAGCGAGAGAACGGGACGUCGGGAGCGUCGCUGCUACACUCUUGUGUGACGGACUUUGCCGGCAGCCCGGACAACGCCCCUCAGCUCAAGGAGCUGGCAGUCGAUCGCCUCAGCAUCGCGGCGAUUCUGUUAGAUGAGAGGUGCCUCCUGAAGGGCUGGACGCCGCUGCACUACGCCGCGGCAGAAGGUAGCCCGGUGUGUGUGUCCACGCUCCUCGCCGCGGGCGCGAGCGUCAGCGUCCGCGGCGCCGUUCUCGACGGCAUCGAACCCAGCUCUUCCAACGGCGCGGGCGGAGGUGGCGGGGCGGGCGGAGGGGAUGGCGGCACCGCGCUGCAGCUGGCGAGGGCCCUGCUAUCGAAGGAGGGAGCGGGGCCUCGCAAGAAGGGGCUGCAGGAGGUCGCGAGGCAGCUGAGCGCUGCCACGCAGGCGGUGGAGCGGGCGAAGGAGCAGCGAGAGCGGAAGGAACGAGAGGCGAAGCUGGCGAAGAAAAGGUCUGAAGUGCAGAAGGAGAAGAAAAAGGAGGCCAGGGAGAGAGAGCUGCUCUCCCGGAAGCAGCGCCAACUCAAGGAUAAGCAGGAGAGGCUGGAGCGCGAGGAGAGGCAGGAGGAGGAGAGGAGGGGCCGCAAGGAGGAGCAGGGAAAGGCAGAAGAGGGCAAGAGCAAGAAGGCCAAGAAGGCCAAGAAGAAGAAGAACAGUAACAACAAGACAGGCGACGAGGGCAGCGUCGCCGACAGAGGCUUGGCUGCCAAUGGAGGCGCGGAAGGCGCUCCUACGGGGAAGGGUGCAGAGGAUGGCGCGCCGGUGGCGGCGGCGGCGGCGGCGGCGACAUCGCGUCCGCGUGCGGCAGCGGCUAGCGCCGGGAACGCUUCUCCCGCCGCGCCCGCGGUUUCGGAAAGCGCGCACGAGUCUUCAAUGUCGAGAGAUGAUCUCCUCGCCCAGUUGAUAGCAAUGGGUUUCCAGGAGGAGCACGUCCACAGGGGCACGUCGUGCGUGGGCUUCGACCUGAACGCGCUGUUGUCGUGGCUGUUCGAGCACCCGGACGGGGGGGUCACCCCGGCGGAACAGGCCAGCGCCGCAACCAGCAAGGCGUCCGCAGCAAACGCCCGGCGCAAGGGCCCCGCUUCCAAGGCUAAGGCGACCAAGGUCGACGCCGGCAAGGGCAACUCGGGGGUAAUCUCUUCCGCCCUCCGCACCCACGGCCACGGUGCGCUGGCUGGUAUCGCUGUGUCCGGCGGCGUCGGGGGCCCCGGGGGCGCGGGGUGGGGGGGAGUGGGGGUGGUCCCGGGGUCGGGAAAGGAUGGCGGCGCUGGCGGGGGGGUCGGGCACGGCGGGGGCCCGGCGACCGUUGCUGCGGCGGCCGCGAAGGCGGAGGAGAAGAGGCGGCACAACCUCGAGCUGCGGCGCAUCAACCGGGCGUGGAACGCGUCGCUGCCGCUGAGGCGGGCGGAAGAAGAGGAGAAGAAAGCGGCGGAGACGGCGAGAGAGAAGGAGAUCGAGGACGCCAAGGACGAGAAGCGUAGACUCAUGGAAUCCCAGAGGGCGGCGGCGGUGGCGGCGAUGGCAGCUCGCCAGGUGCAGCAGACGCCGCCUAUCAAACCCAUGCAGCAGGCGCGGGGGCCGCCGCCGCUGCCGAGCCCGUUCCCGCUCCUCGGAGGAGUGGGGGGUCUGGUACCGAGCAACAAGGCGGGGGCUCCCGGUAGACGCGGAACAGGAGUGGAUGUCGCUAGGCAUGAGGGGCAGCCGCAGCAGCAGCCGCAGCAGCACCACCAGCAGUUCAACAGCAAUCAGGCGGGACGGGUGCCGUAUGGGAACAGGACUGGAGUUGCAAACGGCGGCGCGGCGGGGACGGGGGCGGGGAGCGGGGCUGGUAAGAUGGCCGGUGCAGGCGGAGCAAGGGCUGGAGCAUUCCCUGCGGGGGGUGGACGCGGCCACAUGGGUCCCACACCGAGUCCAAGAUUUUCGCCUCACGGUCCGCGCCCUUCUGCACCACCGGGAACGCCGCUAGGGAUGCCGAUGAACGUGCCGCCGUCUCACCUGGUCGGCCACAUGCUGCACCGGGGACCGCAGCCCAUGCCCUUUCCCAGGGGUUACCGGCAAGGGCCGCCAGGAGGACCGAACCAUAACAACAACAACAACCCUCUCCAGCAGCCUCCACGUGGCGGUGGUCCGCCGCCGCCACCCCCGCCACAGCAGUCGCCCCGCGGGUACGGCGCUUCGCCCAAGAUGGGGCCAUCGCAGCAGCCCCAAGGUCCUGGUCAGCAAGCAGAGUGGGCGGCCGCACGCCAACGUGCCGCCGCUAUCGCCAGCGGCUGGAGCAAUAACGCGCCGAGUGUACCCGCGGCCGCUGGCGGCGGCCCGGGGCCAGUCCCAGGGUUGCGUCAACAUCCUCGACAGCACCAGCAGCACCAGCAGCGCCAGCAACAUCCCGGGGGCACCCUGGACCCGCCAGCGGGAGCCCCGGCUCCGUGGGGAGAUCCGUGGAGUGCCGCUAACGGCGGGGGCGGCCCUCGUCCGAACGCACAGGAAGGUAGGAAUAGCCCGGCGCUACCUCGCGGCGGGCUUGCACAGCAGCAGCAGCAGCAGCAGCAGAGGCGGCGGCAGCAGCAGCAGCAGCAGCAGCAGCAGCAGCAGCAGCAGCAGCAGCAACAGCAACAGCGACAGAGACAAGAAACAACUACAGCGUCCACGUCUUCUUCCCCGCAGGCGGCCCCUGCACCAGCACCGGCGGCAGCCUCGGCUUCGCCAGCACCGGGACCACCGGCACCAGCGCCGGCACCGGCAGCGGUAUCUCAGCAUGCGGCGCCCCCCCGGACGCCUUCCUUAACCCCCUCCUCUCCGGGCUCGCCGGGAGACGCGGACGACAUCUCUCUCGCGGUGCAAAACGGCGAGCUAUCCGCGGCCGCGCAAGAGUUCGUGCCGAACAUCUCCCCGGCCAAGCCCGCCACAAGCACCGGCGGCGGUACCCCGGUAAGCCGUCCGGGCGCCGCCGCCGCGCGGUCGGCGGGGGUGGAAACGCCGACGGCGGUGGCAAGGGCGGCACAAACGCCUCCGCGACCUCCAGCGGCGGCAUCGGCCAGCAGCCCCGGGUCGAGACCCUCCCCGGGCAAGGGCGGCGGGGUAGGAGCUGGUCUGGGUCUUCCGCUUGCCGAUGUUGCGUUCGGGUCGUCGUGGGGAAGCAUGGGCGGCGGCGGGGGCGGGGGCGUAAAAAACGCAUCCUCUGACGCGGCCGAUGAUGGCGGUGGCGGCGGCGGCGGUAGUAACCUUUGGGGGUCGCUCGGGAUUGAUGUUGGAGGGGCUGGUGUACCUCCUAGCGGCCAGGCUAUCUGGGGAAGCAGCUCAUUGUUGGAUUCCGUGGGCGGCGACGGCGGCGGCGGCGGUGGCGGCGUUGGCGGCGGUGGCGCCAUCGCGGGGGACGGGUUGUCCCUUCUUUUGGGGCCGUCGAACGUGUCCACGGUCCAGGCGCCGGCCGAUGCCACCUCGUUACCGCCCUUCUCGUCGUCUUGUCCGUUGGAUCUGGCUUCGUGGGGUGUUGGCCGGCGGGGAGGUGCCGGGGCCUUGGCGGGUGAUGAGUUCGUGGGCGGGUUGGCUUCUUCGCUUUCUGGGCUGUCGAUGGAUGACUCCGCUAGCGGGGUGCUUGGAGGAAAGGCCGGGGAGCAACCGCAGCAGCAGCAGCAGCAGCAACAACAGCAACAGCGGGGGGGAGUGUUUGGUUCCGCGAGCAGUCUCAGCAGCUGGGGUUGAAACGUUCUUUCGAUAUUUUUUUGAAAGAGUGUUCUUGCGUCGAUCGUCGAAGGGUGGAAGAAGAAGUUUACGCUGUUGUGAACGUGAACGGAAUGUUGCAUGUGUGAGUCGGUCGCCACACACCUCAGUUGGCGACGAUCGGGGUCAGUUGGUCGUCGAUAGAUUGUGCUGACCUCCACUGCUCUGGCCUUUCACGUCAGAUGCGUCGUGUCCGGUUCUUCGCCGUUGCCGCCUGUGUGUGACUUGAGUUUUCUCACUGUGCGCUGCGCAAAGUAAACCUUACCGCGUUUUUUGUCGUUUUCGUUGUCUGGCCUGGAAAAAGGUCGUGGAGCUGACGGUUGAUGUUGUUGUUGUU